UACAUACGCUAAGUGCUGCGUGACUGUUGCUUUUUGCUUUGUAUUUGUGUAGUGAUUGCACAGUGCAAGUGCUGGUGAUCUGUCUGAGGAAUUGAGGGGUUAGUGUAGCUAACAGAAAACACCGACAGUUUACUUUUCUUCAUUCGUUGUCUCUUGUUGAUUAUCACAAUGGUAACCCUCAUGGGUAGCUGGAGAUUACAUAAGUUUGCUGUCCCGUUGUUCACAAUGGGAUUUGCAUCAGUUAAACUGUCAUUAAAUAUGGGAAAUGAAGACUGGAAGAAAGCCACGUCUGUCUAUGACUUUAGAGUCAAUGACUCCAAGGGAGAGGAAGUGUCAUUAGCCAAAUAUAGAGGCCAUGUCCUGGUGAUAGUGAACGUGGCAUCACAGUGCGGUCUGACCAGGGACAACUACAAGGAAUUGGUGGAGCUGGACGAGAAGUACCGUGAAUCCAAGGGCCUCAGGAUCCUGGCGUUCCCAUGCAACCAGUUUGGAGGACAGGAGCCAGGUUCAAAUGAAGAGAUUUGCACAUUUGUCUCAAAGUUCAAUGCCAAAUUUGACUUUUUCGACAAGGUUGAUGUUAACGGUGACAACGCACAUCCGUUAUGGAAAUUCCUCAAGGACAAGAAGGGAGGCACUCUGGGAAGUGCUAUUAAGUGGAAUUUCACCAAAUUCAUCGUUGACAAAAAUGGCCAAGUUGUCGAGAGGUUUGCCCCAACAACCUCGCCUCACAAACUUGUAAGCAGCCUGGAGAAAUAUUGGUGAGAGCUUGCUGAAUAAAGGCUGUACACUGGAUGUAUCAGCUGUAUUUGUACUUCUACGCACUUCAAGAUGCCUUCAGAAGACUGUAUCUCGUAGUAUUAGUGAUUACUGUAUAUGUUUCUGUGGAAUGUGUUAUUGUACACCAAUUUAGUCAAUUUUCAUUUGUCCCAAAGAAUAUUUCCACGUUUUAAAAUAUUUUGUUACUGUCAAUAAAUUAUAUAUCAGCUUUAUUUAAUUAGUGAACAAGUAGUUGGCUGUAUGGUUGCAUGCAACUGCAAUAGCUUUAUUUAAGCACUUAAUUUAUUUUAUGUGUAGUUUCCUGAUUUUACCAUUAAAUGUGAUAAAAUAAAAAUGAUAUUUGUUUAGUUA